AUGACCCAAAGCAGAACGGCAAACCUGGUUGAGGAUGAGGGAAGGAUUGGUGAUGACAAGCAAGAGCUUGUGAUUAAAGAAGGAGAAAAAGAGGAAGAAGAGGAUCAAGAAAGUGAGGGAGAAAGAAAGACAAAGAGUGAGCUUGCAAAAGAAAAGAAGAAAGAAGUUGUCUCGUGUACUGGGAAGGAAGCACCAUACCCUUUGGUGCCAUCAAAGAAAGACAAGGAGCGACAUCUGGCUCAUUUCCUUGACAUCUUCAAGAAAUUGGAGAUAACCAUUCCCUUUGGAGAAGCCCUACAGCAAAUGCCACUUUAUUCUAAGUUUUUGAAAGAUCUUCUUACCAGAAAGAGAAAAUAUAUACACAGUGAUAACAUUGUGGUGGAAGGGAACUACAGCUCGGUGAUACAAAGAAUCCUUCCACCUAAGCAUAAGGAUCCUGUGAGUGUUACUAUUCCCUGCUCUAUUGGUCCGGUGUUAGUUGGUAAAGCUCUCAUUGAUUUGGGGGCCAGUAUAAAUUUGAUGCCUCUCUCCAUGUGUAGGAGAAUUAGAGAGUUGGAGAUUAUGCCAACUAGAAUGACACUACAACUUGUAGAUCGGUCUAUUACAAGACCUUAUAGCAUAAUUGAAGAUGUUCUGGUUAAGGUGAAGCAGUUUAGUUUCCCUGCAGAUUUUGUUGUGAUGGAUAUUGAAGAGGACGCUAAAAUCCCCUUGAUUUUGGGCCAUCCCUUUAUGUUAACCGCCGGUUGUGUGGUGGAUAUGGGAAAGGAUAAACUAGAAAUGGGCAUAGAUGAUUAG